GAAGUAACACACCUCGUACAAUUGUUUCGUAAAUAUUUUGGUGACUUUUAAUUUUAAUAAUGAUUCGAUGUUACUGGUGCAUUCUGUGUCUGUGUUUCUGUUUCUACGUGCUCAGUGAUGAUAGAUCGGAACUAGGAUAUCCUAGAGGACUUCUGUCAGAAUGUCCUGGAUCAACGAAGCCGGCCACAAUACCGCGAGCUCAACUGAAGUACCUUUAUUUCGUGGUACAAGGACGAACCAGCAGGAAGAGGUACACGUAUUGGACUGCUCACAAUAUUGUCAACGAUUCUAGGAUUGACUUUAAAAGGAGGACUGUAGUGAUCGCAAUUGGCUACUUAGACAGUACGAACUUUCCGAUAUCGACAAUCCUCACAGACGAAUAUAUGAACAGGAAUUAUAACAUCAUACUUAUCGAUAACCAGAGAUUCGCCACAGUUCACUACUUCUUGGCGACGCGGCUUAUGCGUCCAGUUGGGAAACGAGUUGCUGAAAUCCUUGCUAAGCUAGCACACGCUGGCCUUUCUCCCGACAAAAUGGAACUGCUUGGCUUCAGCCUUGGUGGACAAACAGUCAGCUAUAUAGCGACAAAUUAUCAGAAAAUCACCGGUAGAAAUAUAUCCAUAAUAACAGCUUUGGAGCCAGCUGGACCAUGCUUUAGGACCUUGAACAGAAGCGAGAGACUAGACGCUUCAAAUGCAGACUUUAUUCAAGUACUACACACUAAUGUCGAUGGAUACGGAAUGGCGAACAAAAUGGGACAUGUCGAUUUUUAUAUCAAUGGAGGUGAAUAUCAACCAAGUGAUCUAAACUUCUAUCCUUGUACCUCUACUUGUAGCCACUUCCGAGUGCUUACGCUUUGGGCUCUGGCGAUGCAAAAUCCGUCCAAAUUCAUUGGAAUUAAGUGCAGAAAUAUACAAGAAGCCAGAGACGCGAUGUGCUAUAGUGAUGUGCCAAUAACUAACGUCAUAGGAUCAGAUGUCGAUGUUAAUAAUCACGGCAUUUAUUAUGUAUCGACUAGUAAGCAUUACCCGUAUUAUUUAGGUGUUAAUGGCCUAAAGGCAGAUUAUGCAGCAUGGAGAAGAAUAAGUGAUAUAAAUGACAGUAAUGAUAGUAUUAUUUAUACUUAAUAAAAUAGUUACAGUAAAAUUUGAUCCAAUUAAGGCUUCUUUUUUAAGAUAAACAGUUCAGUAAAACCUUUGACAAAUCCCGAAUGUGCCAGAAUAACACCAAAUAAUGCAAAUAUUAUAGCGAUUCCUAUAAAUUUUUACCUGCCGCUAUCAUUACCUGUUUUCAAAUACUAAGAAGAUAGAUUAAAGUAUAGGUAAUUAUUAUUUAUUAAGUAGGUAUAUUUUCAAACAUAGGUAGAUCCAUGAUAUAAAAUGUAAUGCGGUGUCUAAGGCUUACAUAGACUAAAAAAGACUGUUUACGAAUUAUCAAUCAAAAUCGCUUCCAGUCGCAAUACAUUUGCUGUUCUUUUGUAUCUUAUUGUAUCUUAAUCUCCGUUAGUGAAUCUUCUUUUCUCUCGCACUCGUUAUCUAGGGUAUAUCAUACCAAUUUGAUACACAUUUACGAAGACAGUGACGUAUUGCGACGCCUUUAGCUGGCAAAGGGACCUAAAUCUGUCUAAUUUAUGCAUAUUAUAUUAUGUAGUUGUAAACUAGUUGCAAGUCUGCUUGAUUUAUACUUUUCACUUAUUUUUAGUUUUAACGUUAUUGAGGAAAAUUCAACUGGAAAUAAUAAACUUUUAGAAAACCUA